AUGCCGGCGUCCCGGGAGGACAGCAGCGCUGCGGCGCGGGCGCCUUCACUGCAGGAGAAGGCGGGUUCCACGACCUGUGCCGAGGCCGCUUCUCCCCGGCCCGCCCUGCCCCGUUCCCGCACGCCCGCGGCCGCCGGGAGCUCGAGGCCGGCGGCUCCUCCGUCUGGUCGGCACGGUUCUACCCGUAACACAGCUAUGCUCACAACGGAACCUCGGCCGCCACAUACCACAGCGGCCGGCGGCGCGGAGCCCCGGAGCCGCGGAGCCCCGGAACCCCGGAACCUCGGAGCUGAACUCCGAGCCGCUGUAUUUUUAGCAUUAGAGGAACAAGAAAAAGUAGAGAACAAAGCUCCUUUAGUCAAUGAGAGCCUGAAAAAGUUUUUAAAUACAAGAGAUGGUCGUUUAGUGGCUAGUCUUGUUGCAGAAUUUCUUCAGUUUUUUAACCUUGACUUUACCUUGGCUGUUUUUCAACCUGAAACUAGCACAUUUCAAGGUCUUGAAGGUCGAGAGCAUUUAGCCCGAGAUUUAGGUAUUAUUGAAGCAGAAGGUACUGUGGGUGGACCCUUAUUAUUAGAAGUGAUCAGACGCUGUCAACAGAAAGAAAAAGGGCCAGCCAGUGGGGAAGGUGCACUAGAUCUAUCUGAUGUACAUUCUCCACCAAGGUCACCAGAAGGAAAAACAAGUGCACACACAGCACCAAGUAAGAUACCAAGGUAUAAAGGACAAGGUAAGAAGAAGCCAAGCGGGCAGAAGUCUGGUGACAAGAAGGCCAACACUGAGGCCAGCCAGAGUGAUACAAGUGUUUCCUCAUCAGAACCAAAGAGCAAAAGUAGUCUUCACUUACUGGCCCAUGAAACAAAAAUUGGGUCUUUCUUAAGCAACAAAACUUUGGAUGGCAAAGACAAAGCUGGCCUUUGUUCAGAUGAAGAUGAUAUGGAAGGAGAUUCUUUUUUUGAUGAUCCCUUACCUAAACCAGAAAAAACUUAUGGGUGGAGAAGUGAACCUAGGAAGCAAGUGGGAAGCCUGGCAGCGCUCUCGGAUGCGCCCCCCUUAAAGAGUGGACUCAGCUCCCUGGCGGGAGCCCCCUCAUUAAAAGACUCUGAGAGUAAAAGGGGAAACACAGUUUUGAAAGAUCUGAAAUUGGUCAAUGAAAAAAUCGGAUCACUUGGAUUAGGUACUGGAGAAGAAGAUGACUAUGUCGAUGAUUUUAAUAGUACCAGCCAUCGUUCAGAAAAAAGUGAGAUAAGUAUUGGUGAAGAGAUUGAAGAAGACCUUUCUGUGGACAUAGAUGACAUCAAUACCAGUGAUAAACUUGAUGACCUCACACAAGACCUGACUGUGUCCCAGCUCAGUGAUGUUGCAGAUUAUCUGGAAGAUGUUGCAUAGAUGUGAAGAAGAAAAUAUUCUAGUUAACAAAGGACAAAGGACUGAUCAG